AUGGCGACACUAGAGGAGUUGCAAAAGACCGUCGAGGAACUGCUCGCACGCAACACGAGGCUAGAGAGUGAGCUACAGGCACGGACUACAUGCGCGGACGCCGUCGCUAACUUGGCCGACAGGGUGCACGACGCGCUGACAACGGCGCCUAGCACCGCGGCUGCGGCAGCUUACGACUCCGUCCCCCCACCUCCGUGGCGGCCAGCGCCUCCCGCACCCGCAUCGGAUGCCGACCUGCACCAGCUAGUGCAAAACUUGACCGCGCAGGUGGCAGCUCUCUCGACGCAAGUCGACCGGUUGGCGCGCUCGCAGCAAGAGGGCAGUGCGCGCCGCAGCGGCAGCAGACCGGGCGACAGGCGGCGUGGCUCGCGCAGCCGGCAACGCAGCAACAGCCGCUCCAACGAAGAUCUGUUCACGGACGACACGCCCUCCGCCAGCGGUCAGACGGAACCCGCACCCGGAGCCGCCGGUGACGCACAGCUGCAGCCUGCUGUCAUCGCGCCGCCACGUGCGCCUCCCUCCACCACGCCCAGGCAGCUGGUACGGCCGCCCGGACCGCGCCCACCACAGGCGCACCGGUCGCCCCCACCACAGCCGCCAGCGGACUACGUCACGCGCGCCGCCCGCCGCGUCCGAUUCAAACGGCCGUGCUGUAGACCCGACCUCCAGCUGCAAGUGCCUUCGGCCGGUAACUCCAGUCGAGCGUUCGUCACAGCUCCUGGACCCGCGUUCGCGUCUUAUGCCUCCGCCGCGUCGGGCGUUGAGGCCGGAUCGGCACCCGCGCCAGCUUACCUCAUUCGCGUCUCCGUCGAGCUCCGGACAUCGCGCACCACACCGUCCGGCUUGUCCGUAGUAGCUCCCGGACCCGCGUUCGAGUUCCGACGCCGCCAGCGCGAGGACACGCCCACCGCACGCUCGCCGGUCCGGCGCGCUGACGUCACGGGCCGCCGCCCUUCCGACGCCGACCGACCCCCGCCAAAGCUGCCGCACUGCCAUCACGCAGUGCACGAACUUUAA